GACUUCCGGUGUCUUUAAAUUCCCAGCCAUUAAUCUGCUUCGAGUGCUACUGGUGAUUUUACGUACGUUUAAUCUAAUUGAAUGAUGGAUAUACCCGUCAGUUAACGUACUGUGGACGAUCAAACGAUCCUUCUCGAUCUGAACGGUGUUGCCGUUGCUGUCGUUGUACAAAUCGCACGCGAUCCGUGUUCGUCCUCGGUUCCUCUUUAUUUUUGCCGCAGUCAGAAAUUAUUCGAGCUCGAGGCCAGCGGACGCGCGCACCGUCUCUCUCUCUCUCUGCUCGUGCAGCCUUUACCCAUCUCUCGGGUCAUAAACUUCAUAUUUCAUUUGUGUUUUAAUUCAAAGUGUGUCAUUAUUUUUACGCGUCUUUGACCUUGGACUGACAGAUACUUCUCCUGGUCAGAAAGAAAACGAGCUUGUUGUGUUUGGUUUGGUGGCUGAUUUGACUGACUCCAGGAUUUGUAAAACUGAUUCACUCUCUGGCAGGCAGAUAUAUAAUGCUGAUCGAGUAAGACAAGCACCUGUUUGACUCCAAAUUAAGCAGAGCAAAGGCCGUGCGAGGCAGAGAAAGGCCAGAAGCAAAAGUCACAUACUGAGUCUUUGUGCCAGGUUUGAGCUUCAGUCUUACUGCUGGUCACCCCGUCGAUUGCUGGCUGCCCUCCACCUCUGAACAGAGCCAUGACCUCUCAGAGAGAACCAGAUACAGUGAAUCUGCGGCUGAUUCUUGUGAGUGGAAAGACACAGGAUUUCAUCUUUUCUCCUAAUGACUCUGCUACAGACAUUGCACACUACGUCUUCGAAAAUUGGCCAGCGGGUUGGGAGGAAGAGCGUGUGAGCAGUCCAAACAUACUCCGGCUGAUCUUUCAAGGCCGCUUUCUACAUGGCAAUGUCACACUAGAAGCUCUGAAGUUGCCCCCUGGCCGAACAACUGUCAUGCACUUGGUUGCAAGAGAAACACUGCCAGAGCCCAAUUCCCAUGGCCAGAGAAACAGGGAGAAGACCACAGAAAGCAGCUGUUGUCUGCUGCUGUGAAACACAGAAAGCCCCUUCCACAUCACCUCCUCUUAUUCCUCUUCUCCUGUCUACUCACCAACCCGUGGUGCAUUCUGGAUGAUCACAGAAGAGCUCCAGGGAAAGUGCGACUAGGUUUUCAUUCAGUGUUUUUGCUUUGUGUAGUGGCUGGGGACUCUUCUGUGCCAAACUUCUCAAAUCUGAACAUGUUUGCCUUUAUAUGGUUUUCUUGUUUCACUUGUUUUGUUGCCAAAAUGACUUUGCGCUUAGUAAAACAUUGCCAUUUGUUUACAUGCCUAAGAAUAUUAAACUAUGGAGAUAUUAAAUACCUAAAUCAUUGAAAGGAAAUUAUGUAAACAGAAAUGUGAAUAGGUUUUUGGCAUCAGGUGAGGGUUAACAUGCAUCAUAAUCUUUUGCACUUAACACAGAUCACUAUGUGUGCGUAACAGUCUUAAUCCUCCCGGCCCGCCUCAUACAGAAGGACUUUUUUAGAGAGUACUCCAUUUUGAAGAUGAUUUUGUCGUGGAGUAUCGAGGGAUGUCUGCUUGGUGGAUUUGACUCUGUGUGCUAUUGCCACCUACUCGUAUGCCUUCGUCUUAGGACCAAUCGAGAGUGGAUCUCAACCGUUGGACUCUCUUAUUGUCAACACCUGUGCAUGACCCUAGUCUAGUGUUUCCUUGCCGUGGGUGUGUACCAGCCUUCUCUGAAAACUAUUCACUUGAAAAGAUUUUCCCCUCGUCUCCAGCGAGGAAGCAUGAGGGAAGGUUGGCAAAUUGUGCUUGAUGUUAAGUGACACAGACUUUUCUUUUCGCCCAGUCUGGAUAUCGUCUGUAUCCAUCAUCAUCAUCCAGACAUACACAAGAGCUGAAGUUCGGUCUAAAUGCUCCGCUAAUAUACAUCCUGUGACUGCCGUAAAGGAAUAGCCAGAAAGCGUUCAUCCGUAGUCAAGCCAGCUGGGUUGGAAAGCUUCUGUUAUAAGUGCUAUGGAUUCAUGGACCGUCUGCUAUGCUGCAGUGGUGAUGUGAUGGGAGGACCACACCUUAUGGCUCCUUACUGGGUUUAGAAGAAAGCAAAAUGUGUUUGAUUUCCUAAUGUUGCUGUCUGUUUUGUUUGCUUUUUGAUUGGAAAAUUAAUAUUAUUAUUAUUAUUAUUAUUAAUGGUGUUCUUUAAGUCCUUUUUAUCUUGUCCUGAGAAUGAUUGAUUGAGUUUUUAUUGGUACACAUCAGAUGUCUGAUUUGUGCGUGUGUGUAUGUGUGUUUGAAAGAGAGCGAGAGCAUGUGCAGAUGAAUGUUUUGGAAAGAUGUGUGCAUUUGUUGUGGAAGAAGUGUCCACACUUGAAAUUGUUUCACAUGCAAGAGUGUUAAUCAUUGUCACUGCUUUGAAAUUAGCUACAAAUUAUUACAUGUAAAAAAAACUAAAUCUUGUAUUGUAAAUUAAUAAAACUUUUCAAAUAAAUGAAUAAA